AUGUCUCCAUUGAUAAAUCCAGCAGGACGAUGUGAAAAAUGUGCUAAAAAUUAUAUAGAUCGUUCAAGUGCAGCAAAAGAAUGGUGUAAACAUUGUCAAAUAAAUUCUUUAAAAAGAAAUUUUAUGAACUGGACAAGCGGUAGUUUUGCUGCAUUAUAUUAUUCAAAAAGGAAGGAUGGUUCAUUACAAUAUCAUGAUAUUGAUUCGUUUGAAACAAUUGCUUUAAAAUGUUUUUAUGAUAAACCAAAUAUCAUUAAUGAAUUUUUAAAUGAGGUAGAUGAAUAUUUAAUAUAUUCAAAAAAAGAAUCUUAUAAAUUUUAUGGAAUAUCCAAAAAUCCAGAUACACACAAUUACAUUAUGGUUUUUCAAUAUAUGAAUGGCGAAAAUUAUAAACUACGAUGUAAAAAAUGUGAUGAAAAGUAUGCAGAACGCUCGUACGCAAAAUAUGAAUGGUAUAUUCCAUAUCAAACAAAUUUUUUAAAAAAUGAAAGAACAAAUGAACAUCUUGCAUUUCGUCACCAAAUAUCAGCUUUAAGAGAGGAUUGUAAUAGGUUGCGUCAUGAGAGAAAUUCAGCUCAUCAUAGGGCUGAGGGAAUGGUAGCCUUGCUUCGUAGUAAAACUAGUUCACAAUAUCCUCAUAAUCCUCCUAUUAGGCAUAACAGUUGUAGAUUGUCUUCCAGAUGGAUUGAUAGAUUUAAUUUUUUUUCAGAUUCAUUAAAGGUUUUAGAUUAUCCACACUAUCAAGAAAUUGGUUUUACUUCCUACCCUGGAGCAAGGAAUUGUUUAAAAAAUCUUUCAGAAUUAUAUUAUAUAACAGUUGUAGAUUGUCUUCCAGAUGGAUUGAUAGAUUUAAUUUCUGUUCAACAUGUCUUAAUUUAUCAAUAUAUUAUGUUCUGA